GAUUUUGUUACUUAAAUUUAUUUUUUAAUUUUUAAGCAUGUAAGUAUUGAUUUUUUUUCGAUUUUUUUCAUGCUGAAAAUCCUCGAAAAAACACUUUUGAAAGGACCAAUUUUUCCCAUCGUUUUCUUGCUUAAAAAUUUUAAUGUUAACAAGAGAAGUAGGGAAAGAAUAAAUUUAAGGCAAAAAGGAGGACAAAAUUUUGAAUAAAAAAUUUUAUUUGGCGUUUGUUCGAAUGAGAUGUGGAAUUUGUGACGAAAAAAGAAGAAAUUUCGCAUGAUUGAUCGACAUAAAAUAGAACGCUUUUGAAAAUAAAUUGUUUUGAAUCGAAGUGUCAUAAUUUUUAAUUGCAAAAUAUCUGACGUGUUAAACGUGAAUUAUUGUUAACUGAAGUAGGUACCUACUACCUACCUGAGGAUACUAUUAGGUACGAAGAAAAUUAUAGUGAAUUUAAUGUUGACAAAGGAACACGUUGGGAUCUAAUUUGAAAUACUUAUUUUGUCGAAACCUGAAAAAUCUAGGAAGAUAUGUUGCGAAUUUUUCUUCUGCAAUUUUUUCUAAUAUCGCUCGUUGUUCAGUGGUCGCUAUGCGAUGACAAUAAUUCAAACAACCAGCAGCAAGGAAACAACCAGCAACAAGGAGGGCAAAACAAUCAACAAAACAAUCAAAAUAACGGUAAAAAGGAUCCAAAAUAUACUUGCAAUGGUUUUACUGAUAUAAAGUGUCCAUGGAAAAAAUUCAAAUUAGUUUUUCAUAAACUGAGAACAGCAGUUACUCCUGGUCAAUGGCAUUUACCGAAAUUUCAAUGGCAUAAUCCGUUUGGUGGCAGUAAAGAUUCAAAAGACAGUAAUCAGAAUAAUAAUGGAAAUUCGCAGAAUCAGCAAAAGUCCUAAUUUACCAUGUAUUACUUCGUUUUUUAAAUUGGCAAAAAUAAAUCAAUUUUGAAAGUAUGAUUUUCAGUUUUAUUUUUAUUUACCUCCUACCUAUUUGACUCAUGUGGGCAAUAAUGUAGGUAUGAAUACAAUGAAUAAGUAUGCAG